AGGGGAGAGUGGGGUACCUGUAAGGUCGAGGGGUCUCGAAGAAAAAGAGGAGGAGGGGGAAAGUCCCAGAAGCCUGUCUUUCAGCAUUUUUAAGGUCAUCUGCACCUUCUGACUGGGAAAAGAUGGUCAACGUCUUGAAAGGAGUGCUUAUAGAAUGUGACCCUGCCAUGAAGCAAUUUCUGCUGUACUUGGAUGAGUCAAAUGCCCUAGGGAAGAAGUUCAUCAUUCAAGACAUUGAUGACACUCACAUCUUCGUAAUAGCAGAGUUGGUUAAUGUCCUCCAGGAGCGAGUAGGUGAAUUAAUGGACCAAAAUGCCUUUUCUCUUACCCAGAAGUGAAAAUAUUAGAUAAUGAUCACUUAGGAAUUAAAAGUAACAAAUGUGAGAGACUCACCAUUCGAUGUCUUGUGUGACCGAUUAGAUUUACAGAAUUGCUCGGAAGCAUGCGACAGGGAAGACUGUGAUAUCAUUUGUUCAUAAGAAAGCCCCUGAACUGACUUUCUUGUUCUGUUUUUUUCAUUGUGUGUACCCUAGAAUUUAAAAAAAAAAAAAAAAGCUUUAACAGUUGGCUGUAAUUUGGCUUUUAUUAACCUUUAUUAAAAUAUAAAUGUAAUUGGUUUUCCUACCUCUUAAUGCCAAUUUAAUACAUUAAGAAUAUAAUGGAAUAUGCUUUUAAAUCAUCAGUCUAACCUAAAUACCACCUAGAUAUUUAUCUUUGCUUAUUUGUAUUAGUAAUUGGGGGUUUGGUAGUGUAGGUAUGGUUUGUUUUGUUUCCACUAGAAACUUCACAGACAGACUGUUUAGAUAAAUAUGCCAAGGUGGGAACUUUAGUAAUAUUUAUACCUUACAAAUAGUAUCUGCAUGCCAGCCAGCUCUGUUGGUGAAGAAGAUGUGGAAGAGAACCCUGUAACAUUAACGUAAACUGCAGUUUACAUUUCCCUAAAAAUACGGUUUUUUAAAAGCACAGAGGGUUAGAAACAACCAAAUGGGAAAGGUGUGUGCUGCUUUGCAGCUUUCCUCUUUCCUUGUUCAGACUUUGUUGGUCACAUUUUCCCAUCAAGGCAAGUGCCCUUUUAUUAAGAAGUCAGUUUUCCUUGGGCCUUAUUCCCUAUGAGAAUCCCUGUGUAAAUUUGUCUAAAAAAGAAAGGUAGGAACAGAUAGAAGCAAAGUCAAUCUUGGGGGAGUCUAGUUCUAUGGUUGAUCGAGGCAGAAACAAUAACACUGAUGGGAGCUUUGCUUCCCUUCCUGAAGAUAGUGGUACUAGGAUGGGUUCUUAUGGUGGGAAUUUUCCAAGAGAAAAGAUAACUUUCAUGAUGUUAGGUGGAGUCGUAUCAAACCCACUUUACCUGCCUUCUUACGGUGUGUUUAUUCAGAGCAUCUGUGUACCAUAGUCACUUACUUACACAUGCGUUCCCUAAAGCUGGAAAUUUCCAUAGGUAUAUUUAUCAUGGUUUCCACCCAUGUAACUCAAACUACCCAAUUUUGAUUUUCACAUAACAAUGCAAACAAUUUUGAUGAGUUAUUGGUACAUCUGGUACUAAAACUUGCUGAAUACAGUACAUUUCUUUAGGAUUUCCAGCUGUACUGAAAUGUUACUGACUCUUGUAUUUCAGGCAUGUCUAAAUCUAUUUCUAACAUGCCUUAGGCGUUUGUCACCUAAUACCUUUUAACAUGAAACUUAGAGAAAAUUUUUCUUACAAUCUCAGAGUUUAAAAGGUACUGGAAAGACUAUUGGACAGUGAGUACAAAGAGUGUUAAGUGAAGGAAAAUCUUUAUUUCAUUGACCCUCAUUGUUUAAAAGUUGAGUUAGGGCGAAUGUUCGGUAUCUUUCUCUGGAAGUGCAUUAGAAAGAUGGGACAGUGUGGUGCUGGGAGCCGCACUUGGAGCCACUGAGUUAGCUCGUCCAACUAUGAGAGAAGCUAGGAGAGAACAGGAAAUAGCCAAGUGACAUUUUCUCCAGGCUCUGCUGCUUGGAAUCUGGUUGACAUUAUUCGAUUUAGCACACUUUAGAUGUCUAGAAAAAGAUAUGUUGGCUGCUGGGUACUGGAGAAAUUUACUACUGUCUUUUUAUUUUUAACAAAGUCCUUAAUACUGUGAAAAGGUAGUAUUAACUUAAAUUUUCCUAACUGCAUAAAAGAGUCAUUUUAAUUUAUGAGAGAUAGUUGACCAGUCACAAAUAUCCAUGUACUAAAAUUGUGAUAUUUAGAAUUAUACUAACUUCUUGAGAAAGGUUUUUUUUUUAAUACCGUAUAAGGUCAAAACUUCCGUAUUCUUUGAACCCCAAUUUCCUUGUGAAAUUUA